UCUGGCUAUGCAGAAAUGUCAGUGGUUCAACAUCAGAUCAGAAAUUUCUUUAACAUGUUUUGAGGGACAGUUAGUUGUUUCAUCUGAUGUUAAAACGCAAGUGAAGUGAGUCUAGCAAGGUGCGGUGGGGAACUGUGUGUCACAUGCUCCUCUACAGGAAACGAGACUGGAGCUGCUGGGGAAGUUCAGAACUGGGUGACCUCCAACGGAUUCAGAUAGCACAGGAUUGUACAACCUGGGAAAUGUUAUUGCAAUAUAACUAACUUCGGAAAGUGAAUUCUGGACUGAAUUGACCAGACCUCAUAUUCUAUGCAAGCAUCUCCUACUGGUGACCAGGUUUCUUGGCAAGAGCAGACAGAGCUCAGCCUUCCACCAUGCCUGUGCCUCCCCCUCCAGCUCCCCCUCCACCCCCAACACUGGCCUUGGCAAAUACUGAAAAGCCAUCCCUAAGCAAGUCAGAACAAGCAGGGCGAAAUGCUCUAUUAUCUGAUAUUACCAAAGGAAAAAAACUCAAGAAGACUGUUACUAAUGACAGAAGUGCUCCAAUUCUUGACAAACCCAAAGGAUCUGGUGGAGGUGGCGGCGGUGGCUUUGGAGGAGGUGGCGGCGGUGGUGGCGGCGGCUUCGGUGGGGGUGGACCACCUGGCCUUGGAGGGCUUUUUCAAGCAGGAAUGCCAAAGCUCAGAUCUUCUGCAAGUCGAGAUGCUGACGCCGGCGGAGGCCGGCCGCCCGUCCUGCCGCCCGGAGGCCGCUCCGCCGCCGCCAAGCCCUUCUCCCCGCCGAGCGGCCCGCCGCGCUUCCCGGGGCCGCCCUCGGGGCCGCGCUCCGCCGCCCCGGACCCGCAGAGGAGCCGCCUGCCGCCGCCGAGGCCCGACGCCGGCUCGAAGCCCGAGGCGGCCCCGCCGCCGGUGCCCAGCACGCCCCGGCCCAUCGCCUCCAGCCUGCACAACCGGGGGUCGCCCCCGGUGCCGGGGCUGAGCCGGCAGCCCAGCCUGGGGCCCUCGCCCCCGCCCUUCCCGGGCAGCCGGGGCGGGGGGUCGGCCGUGUCCCUCCGGCAGCCGGGCCCCGGCCCCGCGCCCCCCUUCUCGGGCCGGCCGCCGCUGCCGCCCACCCCGGGCCGGCCGGCGGAGGACAAGCCGCCGCCCCCUCCGCCGCCCCCCGCGGGGCACCGGCCGUCCGCCGCCCGGGAGGCUUCUCUGCCGCCGCCCCCGCCGCAGAACAGCAAACCGCCCGUGCCCGCCGCCCCCCGGCCCGCCCUCGGCUCCCCGGCGCCCCCGCUGCCCCCCGGCAGGCCGGGGCCGCCCCCGGUGCCGCCCGCUCCCGCCGGCGGCGACGAGAUGCCGCGGCUGCCGCAGAGGAACAUCUCGCUGGGGUCGUGCCCGGCGCCCGGCGGGGGCCGCUCCGGACCGCUGCCCCCGCCGCCCGGAGAGAGGCCGCCGCCGCCCGUCAGAGACCCGCCCGGCCGCUCAGGCCCGCUCCCGCCACCUCCUCCCAUAAGCAGGAAUGGAAGCACUUCCAGGGCUUUGCCCACCACUCCUCAGCUGCCUUCCCGGGCAGGGCUGGACAGCCAGAGAGGAGCACGACCUCCGCUUCCCCCCGACCGGCCGGGCUCGGCAGCGCCGCCGCCGCCACCGCCACCCUCAGCAGCUGUGAGAAACGGCUUCCAGGACCCAGGGGACGAUGAAUGGGAAAGCAGAUUUUCUUUUCAUCCAAUAUCUGACUUGCCACCUCCAGAGCCAUAUGUACCCAUGAACAGAAGUUAUCCCAGUAAACUAGCAAGAAAUGAUAGUAGAGGUGGGUCUGUUCGGAAAGAAAGAGGUGCCCCCCCACUCCCGCCUAUACCAAGGUGAAAUGGGUUCUGCCCCAUCUUUGAGUGACAACUGUUCUCAAGUUUCCCUCGAGUCAGCUCUCCUGUCCACAAGACUGGAAAGUUGUCUGUCUUGGUUGAUUUCCACUUUUGGCUUGUCAGCUGGAACAAACUUCGGUCUCUAUUACAGAAGUAAUAGAUGUGGCUUAUGGACUAUAGUUGCUCAAAGCUAUGAAUUUUAUUCGCUUAAACUGCAGGCGUUUUGUGGACCCUACAGAACAUAUGCGCAUCAUGCUUACUGUGUCCAGCCCCAUCCCCUGGAGAGCUCCAUGGGAGGUCUGGCUUCGAAUCUGAUAGAGCUUGAACAAAGCUGUUUCAUUCACUUUGGGUGCAGUAGCUGUAUUAUUUUAAUGAUAAAGUAUUUGAUGUUUAAAAAAACAGUUGCUGGCUAAAAAGUGUAGCCAAGAGUCCCCUGGAUCCUUCUUUGCAUGCCUAACUCAGCCUAUCUGCUUCUGCAAGCCAUAGACCUACUAGAUGGUGACAAAGAGUUCAUCUUUAAUUUUUUCACUUCAGCUUAGUCAAGCAAAUCUUAAGCAAUGCACAGCACAUCCUGCCUCAAGGAUGGAGUGUCUCUGGCCUUGUUUUUAUCUGCAGAGAAUCUUCCAAAGAAGAGCACAAGUGAAGAAUUCAUCAGCAUGAAAGUAUAUCUAUAUUUUUAGCCCUCUUUCCUAUUUUUUAAUAGUGUUAUGUGUUCUGUGACCUAAUUCUCUCCUACUCUUAUGUGGACCAACCCACAUCAUGUCAUCCGUGCCCUGGAUUGCUGUAAUACCCUCUGCCUGAUACUGCAUGCAAAGAGUCCUCAGAAAGUAGUCUGAGUGCCAACGCAGCAAUUACUGUAGUUGCAGGCUCCUCCUGUAAAGCAUCACUAAUGCCAGUGCUCCACAGACUGCUUUCCAGUUGUUUCUUUGGUACAACUAAAUGAUGGGGUUUGACUUAAAAAGCUCCUUUGCACUUAGGUCACAAGUCUCAGAGAGCUUGUGUUUGAUUUCCAUUAUGGUAGAGCAGCCAAGAUCAAAAAUGUUCCAUUUGAUGAAAUGAAAGCCCUUUGAUGUUGUGAGGGGGGUCCAGGGUUUGUGCAUUCAAGUGGGAGCGUCCAAAAUUUGCUGUCUGCACUGGUUCAAGAGAAGUGGAAAGAUUUGGUCUUCUGAGUUGGCUAUGAAGCCUCUCCUUUCAAACUUUGCUGAAAGGAGUCUCUACAGAGAGCUGCACUGAUAGAAGAAAGAGUAAGGUAUUCUAACAUUGUGGCAAGUGGUUAAUAUGUUUAAUGGCUUUUGAAUUUUGUGAAUGAGAAAAAAGCUCAUUGUAUGAGUGAAUUUUACAAGUGGAUCUAAGUGCACAUAAAAUGCCUUUGGUAAUCAGAGGAAGAUUAUAAUUUUGGAUUUGAAAUAUUGGUGAAUGAUAGCUCUUUGUUAAUUGGACCUCUGAAGUUUAGCUCUGAAAAAUGUCCCCUCAGUCUCAUCAGCAGUAUGUUUCUUCAGUGUGUUCCUUGGGAUCCCUACCAAGCCUGUGUCAGCAGCCAUGCUUCACAGAGUGUUGCUCAAAAAAACCCAAAAUUAAACACAGAAACUAGUCAUGUAGGUUAAGAAAAUGUUUCUCUAGCAUGGGAGACAUGAUCCUAAGUACAUUCCGAGGCUAGAAUAAGGUCAGUCUUUGAAAAAAUUCCUAGGGAAUUUAGCCAAAGAGAGUCUGGACCCUACUGAAAUGUCUGUGCGUAGGGCUUUUUCCUCUGUCUCUGAGUGGGAAGGGGCAGAUCUUUCUGCCUGCCAGCCUGGACAUCACAUUGAAGGGGAUGAGACUAGAGUUGGACUUGGCCAGAUCAAAUUUAAUUUGGUCUUUUCAGUGUUUGUUUACAAAAUCGUGUUAGCUGUGAUAGCCUUUGAUUCUGUACCUGUUUUUUACGUUUUCAUAUCUAAUGACCUAUUCUAAGUUACUGUUUAUGGUCUUGAACCUGCAAUUAAAUGCGCAGGCGCAGGGAUGUGUCCACAUCCUGUUGCAGGAUCGUGGCUGUAAGAGUUUCUUAAACAGAUACUCGUGGGAUCUCCAUGUGACAGGUGCUCCUUGGGAUCAAACCUGGCACAAUGCUGAAUUUGUAUAUGUAUUUUAUGGAUGUCACUUAAAGUGCCUGUCUCUUUGGGAUAAUAUUUUGUGAAUAGAAGUCCAAAUAAGAUUUUUAGGAUAAUAACUUUAAAGGAUAAAUUAUUGUAUUCAUAUUUUAAAACUGAAGCACUUAAUACCUUUCUAAGGAACAAUAUUUUGAAUUUAAGAAUACAAUAUUUUCAGUACUUGACCUGCCAAUUCCUUGUUAAUUUCCAAAUAGCCAUGCAGCCAAAAAAAAAAAACCCACUAGCCCUCCAGAAAUACCUUGUUUAUAACUUACCUGCUUCCAAUGUGAUUGUUUUACUUUGCUAAGUCAAUGAAAAUGCUGCCUAGUGUUCUGCCAAUUCUCUGUAUCAUUCAAAGUAUCUUGUAUUUGAUCAUUUCAGCAAGGUUUUCUGAUCAGAAAUCUGGACCACUACCAAAGACUUGGAAAACCAGCUUCAGUUUCACUUUAAAAUGUGCUGUGUAAAAGGCCCCAGUUAACAAACCAAGAAUCCUGAACUGCUUAGGUUUUAGCAAUUCUUUUUUAUUCUAGAAACCUUUUCAGAAUAUAUGUUUGGCAUACAUGUAAAAUAGCUUAAUACUGCAGAAAGGGGCAUUUUUGUUCACAUAACAGCAUUUCCAUUUAUAAGUUUUGCUGUAAAAGUCCCUAAAUAUAUUCCAGAACAAUGCAGCAUUUUAUCAUUCAAUAUAUUGCUUCAUGUAGCAGUAGCUGUUUACAAUAUGAUCAGUAUUAAAGUAUUUAUUUCACUAUGAAGUGUUAAAAAAGAAUAAUACAAACCAGGUUGAAUCAAUGGUGCCUUAUGACUUUUUUAGUCAACUUUUCUGUGUCUCAAUAGAAGAAUUAAUAGAUAUGGCUUUUUCAGGUCCUAACUGAAUAGUGCCAACAGUAGCAUUUUUACAGUGUUUGAGCCAAGCCCUGCUGUUGUGUGCUCAGUCUCCUAACUCCAGGUGGAGCUCAGUAUGUGGAGGGGCCACUGGGUCAGUGUGUGGGUGAGGUGUAUGUGGUUGGCACUGGUUGGCUUCACAAUCAGUAUUGCUCUCAAAAUUUUGACCUGUCCAAAAACUAGUGUCUGACAUUGCUGUCCAGACAGCCCAGCUGACUUCAGUGUGGUUGCAUAGGUUACAGAACUACUUUUGAUUCACUGCUUGCAUAUUAGAUUUGCUGGGUUUGUUUCAAUGGCAUUGUGUUACUUCUUAAGUUAUCACUGAGGCUCGCACUGCAUGACAGUGGCCACGGAUGUUCAUUUUUGUUUAACUCCAGAAAUAAAAUGACAAUAAAUUUUGUACCAUGUAAAAAUAAUUUCUCUGUAUUUUUGGAAGAAAAGCACAUGUUAUGUUUGUUACAACUUUCUGCACCAGUCAUUGGGAGAAGAGGUCACGGUGAUGUAUGUUCAGAGCUGUUAAAGGAAACUCAGCUUGUUUCAGGAAGUGUUUAUUUCUGUAAAUGAAAUAAAUAGCAUUGCAAAGUUCUUGUUUAAAAGCCAGCAUUUCCCAACACUAAAGGAAUCAUAAGGUUUUGGUUUUUUCUGCAAGACAGCACUGUGAAAGAAGUUCCUUAUAUUGUCACUUAAACUGGGUGGUAGUUUCUCCUUGCAGCAUCAGCUGUUUGCAUGACACUUGUAGAAAUAGAUCUGUCUUGGAAUUGAGGAUGAGGGAGCUAAACUGCUAUCAUGCAUCACAUGUGUUGUAACACAACAAUCUUCUGUACAGAAGUAUGGAAAUUGAAAGGGUACUUUUUGUCUUGGAGGUAAAGAAUGGAGUUGAGUGAUCAAACUGAGAUUAUUUCAAGCAGAAUGUCAAGUGUUGAGAGACCUAGAGAGGGCCCCUUGGCCACAGGACACUGGAAAAGAGAAGAUUGCUCAAGGAAAUAAAAACCAAUUGGCUGAAUGUUGUUACCAAUACUGAAGUGCAAAUUAUGGUAUCAAAUGUGCAUUUUGCAGUUCCACAUUGCAGUGGUGUGAACACCUUCAUCUCACAGCUGGGUGCAAACAACCUUUUGCAGCGGUACAUUGUCUCCAUGUAACACAGAUUGUGUGAGCCAGAAAAUAAGGAGAAUCUCUUAGCUGAGAUAUCGAGGAGCACUUUAAGUGCAAAUUAAUGGAAUGGUUCUUCACGUACAUUGGAAGAACCAGGAAUCUUGUAGCCUGUAAGAAAGAUGGGUGUGUUUGGACCAUUCAGUUAAAAUCUAAGAGGGGAGUAUUGAAGUAACUCAGGCAGAAGCAGGACAUAUGUAUGGUCUCAGUGAGUAUGCAGCAGGUAGGUAUGCAGAUUAAAAAAGCAAAAAUGGAAACCGCAUGUCUUAAGGGAGUAGCCUUUUAUGUAUGUUGCCAUUUUGAAAUACAGUUUGUGGUGAAUACUGCUUAGUGUAAACUAAUGCAUGCAGAGGAAGACAUGUAAAUUUGGACUUCCAAAGGCAUACAAGGGAGAGGGAAACAAAACAGGCUGAGCAGAAAGUAACAUUUCUAUCAGAUGCUUAAAGUUUGAGCUUUUUAUAAAAUAUUAAUCUAGUUCUGUGAAUUUUUUUGCUUAACAUUUAUUUUGUAAGUGAUUUUGUUCUCCUUAUUUUUCUGUCCUAUACCAAAUAAAUUUUACUUUUAUUUAA